AAGAUUGGAAUAUUUUGCCAUUUCAUAUAGUUUGGAUCCAGGAUAACGAAAGGAAUCCAGUAAACCUGGCUUACGAUAAAGCUUCAUACACACUUGCGAAAAGUCUCCGGGCGAUUGUUAAUAAAUGCGUAGACGAUAAAAAAGUUACGAAAGCAAAGAGCCUUUUGGCUCUAGGAAGUGUGGCUUUUAGCUGUUCUUCCGAUGUGCUUCUUGAUGAUCAACGGAAAAAAGGCAACGAUAUCGAUAACCUUUGGCUUACCAUUGAAAACAAGAUGUGUGAUCGUCGAUUAAAUGAAGAAAGAAAGAAAUUGAAAAUUCUUCAGAUAAUAGAGCACAAUACAACAAAUGAAAAUGAAUUAACACUAUUAAAGGAAUUUCAAUCUGUGGAUGUAAUUGUUCCAACAUUAUUAACAUUACCAAACUAUCCUAAGGAAUUUCCAUCUGCGGAUGUAAUUAUUCCAACGUUAUUAACAUUACCAAACUAUUCUAAGGAUAAAUGUACAAGUAAAUUGCUUAGCUUCAAAAGCCUUUCUAAAUCAAUCGAUUCAUCAUUUAUUCCACAUGCGAGUAUCUUGCAAAAUAAUGUUGAUACAAAAAGUGAAGAAUUUAAACAUAAUGCUAUUAAAAUGAAUGAAUUGGUAAAAGACUUGGAAACGCUUAUUAAUAAAAUUUCUUUAGGUGGUGGCGAGGAAGCUAGAAAGCGUCAUUUAGGCCGUAAAAAAUUGUUACCUCGUGACAGGUCACCUUUCUUAGAAUUUUCACAACUUGCUGGAUACAAAUUGUAUUCCGAAGAUGUACCUGCAGGUGGAAUAAUUACUGGAAUUGGACGUGUCUCAGGAGUGGAGUGUGUUAUUGUUGCAAAUGAUUCAACUGUUAAGGGUGGUACUUACUAUCCUAUCACAGUAAAAAAACAUUUGAGGGCACAAGAAAUUGCGCUCGAAAACCGACUUCCGUGUAUAUAUUUGGUUGAUUCUGGAGGUGCAAACCUUCCUCAACAAGCAGAAGUUUUUCCAGAUCGUGACCAUUUUGGACGUAUAUUUUAUAAUCAGGCAACAAUGUCUGCAGCAGGAAUUCCACAAAUCGCGGUUGUGAUGGGAUCUUGCACAGCAGGUGGAGCUUACGUUCCUUCUAUGGCUGAUGAAAGUAUUAUUGUUGGCAAACAAGGAACAAUUUUUUUAGCUGGUCCACCCUUGGUUAAAGCAGCAACUGGUGAGAAUAUCACUGCAGAAGAACUUGGGGGAGCUGACUUACAUUGUCGAACUUCCGGCGUAACUGAUUAUUACGCUACAAAUGAUGAGCACGCACUUCAGAUUGCAAGAAAUGUUGUUAGCUCACUUAAUUGGACAAAAAAACCAAACAUUACGAUGAGAACGCCAGAAGAACCUUUAUAUCCUACAUCAGAGAUUGGUGGUAUUGUAGGCGAUAACCUGCGUAAAUCAUUUGAUGUCAAGAAUGUAAUUUCACGAAUUGUUGACGGGAGUCGAUUUAAUGAAUUUAAAGAAUUAUAUGGAACAACAUUAGUUACAGGAUUUGCACAUAUUCAUGGAUAUCCAGUUGGAAUCGUUGCAAAUAAUGGAAUUCUUUUCUCAGAAUCUGCACUAAAGGGAGCACAUUUUAUUGAACUUUGUGCACAACGUGGGAUACCACUCAUUUUUUUGCAGAAUAUUACAGGUUUCAUGGUAGGAUCAUCGGCAGAAGCUGGUGGUAUUGCAAAGAAUGGUGCAAAGAUGGUUACUGCAGUAUCAUGUGCAAAAGUACCAAAAUUAUCAAUAAUUAUUGGUGGCAGUUUCGGAGCUGGUAAUUAUGGUAUGUGUGGAAGGGCAUACAGUCCACGAUUUUUAUGGAUGUGGCCGAACGCUCGUAUAUCAGUCAUGGGUGGUGAACAAGCAGCAAGUGUUUUGGCACAAAUUAAACGAGAAUCAAAAGUUAAAAAAGGCGAGGAAUGGUCAGCGCAAGAAGAAGAAGAAUUUAAAAAUCCAAUUCGUGCUAGGUAUGAACAUGAAGGGCAUCCAUACUUUUCAUCAUCACAUCUUUGGGAUGAUGGAGUUAUUAAUCCAGCGGAUACACGUAAGGUUCUUGGAUUAGCACUUAGUGCUGCUCUAAAUGCACCAAUUGAAAAAACACAAUUUGGAGUAUUUAGAAUGUAA